AAAGUGGAUGAGACUCAUUGUCAUGUAUCGCUCUGCCUGCCUCGUAGACAUGUUCAGAAUUUGUGGAAUGUGCUGUGGUGGAUUUCACACUCAGAACGGUGUCUUGCCCAAACUUUAUUUAUUUAUCUUUACAUUUACUACGUUUUGGUCAUGUUUUAGGGUUUUUUUCUGAAGGGAAAAGUCAGACAGAAGAAGAGUGUCAGAUUAGAGGUGUUGAAGAAUGUUAGAGAACAUGCUGAGGCAGGUUUAGAGGAUUAAACAUGUUGUUCUCCCACUGGUUUCACUACCGCACAACGUUCCACCAGCAGAGAGUAAAACAUCGGCAGUGUGUUGAAGGAGAAGUGAGCCUCUCAUCGUCGACAGGACAUCAUGGAUUUAACUCGGUGCUUGUGGCUCGUGUCAAUGUUCUGCAGCUGCAUCUCUGUCCCCUCAGUUGAGGCCGACAAUCGGGGGUUCAUUGUGGUUGAGGUCACUGACAAACCUGGACAAGAGGUUGUGGGCAACGCGACAACAGAGACGUUGAAGAGCAACCUCACCACAGUCUUUCUCCCAAUCAUCUACAUCAUCGUAUUUAUUGUGGGACUUCCUGCCAACGGCAUGGCACUCUGGGUCUUCCUCUUCAGGACCAAAAAGAAGCAGCCGUCAUCAAUCUACUUGGCCAACCUGGCACUGGCUGACCUGCUCUUUGUCAUUUGCACACCCCUAAAAAUCGCCUACCACUUAAACGGCAACAACUGGAUCUAUGGAGAGCCGCUGUGCAAAGUCCUUGUGAGCUUCUUCUACGGGAACAUGUACUGCUCCAUUCUGUCCAUCACCUGUCUCAGUGUGCAGAGGUACUGGGUCGUGGCUCACCCUCUGUCCCAGCAGAGUAAGAACACCAAAGUGGCUGUUGGCGUGUGUGUCUCCAUCUGGGCUUUCAUCUGGCUCACCACCACCCCUCUGUACCUGUAUGACCACACUGCCGAGCUCAAAGAACCAAACAUCAUCACCUGCCAUGACGUCAACAUCAUAAAAAACCUCACAGAUCCAUUCCCCUCUGUCCGGCUCCCAUACUACUACUUCAUGUUCAUGGCCGUCGUUGUGUUCCUCAUCCCUUGUGUAGUGAUCGUUGUGGCCUAUAUUCUGUUACUCAGAGCUUUGGGGAACAGCAUGCAGGAAAUUACGGCAGCAAAGAACCGACACAGAUCCAGGCUGUUGAUCGUGACCGUCCUGGUGACAUUCGUGGUGUGUUUCAUCCCCAGUAACAUCAUGCUGGUGGUGCAUUACACUCUACUGAAGAAUGGAGUGAUAAAUAACGGUUACGGCUUCUACAUCUCCACAUUAUGCCUGGCCAGUCUCAACAGCUGCCUGGACCCGUUCAUCUACUACUUUGUGUCCGAGGACUUCAGGAACCACGUGAAGAACACUUUGUUGUGCCGCAGCAUCCGGACUGUGGAGAGGAUGAGAGUUUCCUUCAGCUCCGUGAAAUACUCCAGGAAGAGCAAGUCAAGUACGUCAGACACAGGGAACACACAGAGCAGCACAUGUUAGCCAGAGAAAGCAGAGAUAUCGUGCCUGUGCUUGCACUUUAGUGUUCAGAUAACAAGGCAUCACACAGGCCGUGUGGCACUGGGACACAUUCUAUAAAGAUAAGGCCGGUCAGUUGCAACCAGUUGAACUCGAGGCAUCUCAUAUCCAGAUGUGAACAUGACUGUACUGGGAUGAGAGCAGAAUUCAUUUUAAGAUGUGUGUUACUUCAUUAUGAACUGAUGAUUGGUUUUAAAAUGUGAAACAUUUAUGCAUAUUUUUUUAUAUUUCGUGUAUAUGUAAAGGUAGAAAGGGCCUUUUUAAGGCCUGACUUGGCUGCACAGAUAAAUGUGGGUUUUCUAAGAUUUUCACUGCACUGAAGAACAUUUACAAACAAUGUCUGAAAUAAGAGCCAAACUGAACUGAUUUGUGCAGCGGAUCAGUUGUGACUUAGUUUAUGUCAGUCGGACUUUGGUCAAAUCAUUUAGCACAAUUCCUGCAGCAAGUUUUAACGUAACUUUAACUUUUUAAACCACAUGUUCUUUUUAAACUCCUUCACUCGUUUGUGUAACUGAUUAAAGACCUGUUCCUGAGUGACUCAGUUUACAUUUACUACGUGUUGGUCAUGUUUUAGGUUUUUCUUCUGAAGGGAAAAGUCAGACAGAAGAAGAGUGUCAGAGUAGAGGUGUUGAAGAAUGUUAGAGAACAUGCUGAGGCAGGUUUAGAGGAUUACGUUAACAGGUUGUCCUCCCACU